AACGUAAUACGCUACCAGCAUCCCUGUUUGUCACGGGACAGCGAAAAAGAUGGAAUAUAAAAAUGGAGCCUGCAACUACGUAUCAGUGCAGCCAGGCUAGGGGCACUCUGGUCUGUGCCACCCUCCGAGCCAGACAGACAGAACGACAGGCAAACAGCUGCCUCCCACACCAUCACGCAUUAUGGAGGCUUUGUACAUUCAGCCUUCAAACAGGGCAGGGGUGAUGGCUGAGGAGGAGGAAGAGGAAAAAAAUGGGGAACAAGAUGAGGGAGGAGCAGAGGCCUUUUCUCCUACAGGCUCUACUACAGAUGAAGAAGCGGAUGAGGAUUCAGAACCAGAACCAGAACCCCCACCAGUUGUUCGCAGGAAGGUUUCGUUUGCAGAUGCCUUUGGUCUCGACUUGGUGUCAGUUAAAGAGUUUGACAAUGCCGAGGUGACAGAGUCUGAGAUAAGCUGGACCAAUGAAAGGCCGGCAGCCCAUUCAUCAGAGGAGUUUUAUCUCUCUUGUCUGUUUACAUCCCCCUCAUCCCCAGAGGAGCUGGACCAGAGGCUGCAGGCACAGAUGGUGGAGCUGGAGAGCAUUGAGCUCCUUCCUGGAACCACCACCAUCCGUGGCAUCAUUAGGGUGGUCAACCUCUGCUACAGCAAGAGCGUUUAUGCUCGGAUAACCAUGGAUCGAUGGAAAAGUUACUUUGAUCUGCUGGCAGAGUACGUGCCUGGAUCCAGUGAUAGGAAAACAGACAGGUUUACCUUCAGGUAUACUCUGAUUCCUCCCUUUGAAAAAGAAGGCACCAGAGUGGAAUUCUGUCUCCGUUAUGAAACUUCAGCGGGCACAUUCUGGGCUAAUAACAAGGAAAUGAAUUAUGUGCUGUUCUGCCACCAAAAGGAACACGUGAAGGAGCACGCUCCCCAAACACAAGAGGAAAACAGCAUCUAUAAGAGCAAGAGGAGCUGUCUCAGAGCUAACAGGAAUGGAACUACUGAGGGAAAGACCAAGGACACUAUUAACACAAAUAGUGUUUCUGCAGAAGUAGAAGCAGCACAUAAUGUAGAAAGGGCUGGCAGAGAGACGAUGGACAUCACAGAGAUGCAACUGCUACUUCAUUGUGAAGAGCAUAAGCCUUGGGUUGAAAGUGUAAAAAACCGACGCAGAGCAACACAUUUGGCACAUGUGCAGGACUACCUCUCCCUAAAGAGGCAGCAACUAUCAAAGGCAUAUCCACAUGAUUCACACUGUGGCCAAAAGGUUUCUCAGCAUACGCCAGCUCCAUGUGGUGAUUCUGUCAGCUUACCCCAUAAAUGCCAAAAGAUGCAAUUGAGCAAGAGUCCACCGGUACUCACCUACCAUCAGAUUCCUCUGCUUCCACUGGACUGGAACAACGAUAUACCACAGCAAUGGGGCACUGUCGAUGUGGAUGACAUCUGGACUGGAAGAGCUAAAAGGACUUUGUCAAAAGCGUCUAAAGAAAACACACCUUCUUUUAAUAAUAUGUGGGAGACUUUUCCUAAAAGUACAGAUGAUACUAACAAUAAAGAAACCCCUAUGAGUGAUGAAUGGCAGGCUUUUCUUAAUGGGCCCAGCUAUAAGGACCACUCUAAUGUUCCUGAGGCAGAAUGGCUGCAGACAGCAGCAUCUGUGUCUCCUUCAAAUGAUAAGCUGCCCCAAAUUCAAUAUGCAGCAAGAAGUCAAGACUUUCUAGAACUUCAGGUGGGCACAGAUACACCUACCACCUCACACUCACACACCUUAGCUGUAUGUCAGCUGCUGUCAGACGCUUGCGAAACAUCAUCAGCUACUGCUGCCUUGAACACUGAAGAUCAUCAACUAGCAGAAGCAUGUGUCAGGGGCCCAAGAGAUGACAACCCAUUGGCGCAUGAUGCUUUCCAAAGGUCACAGACAAACGCUGUAACAGACACUCCACAGGAAUUUAACCUCAAGGGGGCAACGCCUCUGUCCGAGGACACUGUUGAUAGUCCAACUGAGUGUCACAAGCAUGCAGUCUGGGAGCGAGAAAGUGAGGGAAUAAUAGGAAGAGCAGAAGGAAUAGGAGGAGACGAGCCCUUCAUAUUGCACACUGCUGACUUGGUAACAAGCUCAGGGGAGUCUGAGACAACAGACAUGACAGCAAUGCCAGAGUCUCAGAAUGCCAGCGCUGUUGAUAGGAUCUCACAGGGAGCAAGGCAGGAUGAGGGUCUUUCUUCCAUCGGGGAAGGGGAGGUUACAUGUACCACACACAAUGCAACAGAUGACAUGUUGGCAUUUAGGGAGACAAUCAGGCAGGAGGAAAAGGAUGGGGAGAUGUGUGUCUUUUCUAACUCCAGACAAGAAGUGGAGGAGGAGAUCACGAUGAACUAUAUGGAAAAGAAAGCGUUUACAGGAGAGGAGAUAUAUAGGCCACAGACCGAAGAGUGCGAAAUAUCCCCAAGAUCAUCAACUGAUAUCCCCUGCAUUCCUCCCCCUUGA